AUGGAACGUCUCCAAGUCCCCGCUGGAAGGGAUAUUUCGGAGGACGACCCCCGCUCCAAGCUUGAUAAUUUACGAGCCUCGCCGCCAAAGAUGUCCGCGAACACUCGACAAGGAAGCGGUUUCACAAGCGUUGGGACGACUCGUCUGCUGAUCUCUUGA